CGUACCUGAACUCCCGUCACUCUCUACAACUGCUCGAGCUCUGUUUGCUACACCUCAGUACUUCUUGACAUCUCUUCCCUGGCUUGUCGCCUUCGGCCAUACCAUACAUCACAAGCCGCUAUUGAGUCUUAUUCCCAACACUCAUAUCUCUUCCAGCUUCCAAUCAUCUCCUUAGCUAGCUCCCGUUGGUCAUGUUUCAGUCCGGUUACUGGGAGGACGAUCCGAUGGAGGGGGUGCUUGGCUCCAGUAUGCUUCGUCGUGGAGGAGCAGCCCGCCGUUUCGAUGAAUAUUACCGAUGCUACCCUGUUGCGAUGAUGCCUGGUCCAGAGAGAGAAAAUGUCAACCACGGCGGCAAGGUCAUCAUGCCGCCUAGCGCUUUGGACAAGCUGACGCGUCUGCAUAUCACAUACCCCAUGUUGUUUGAGCUUCACAAUGGUGCCAGGGAAAGAAUGACCCAUGCGGGUGUCUUGGAAUUCAUUGCGGAGGAGGGGAAGAUCUACCUGCCAUUCUGGUUGAUGCAAACACUUCUUCUGGAGCCUGGCGAUCUAGUUCAGAUCAAAUCCACCGACCUAUCACCGGGCCAGUUCAUCAAGCUACAGGCUCAGUCAACCAGUUUCCUCGACAUCAGUGACCCCAAGGCCGUGCUGGAGAAUGCCUUCCGAAACUUCUCUUGCCUUACCAAGGGUGACGUCUUCACAUUCGCCUACAACGACCAGGUCUACGAGAUGGCUGUCUUAGAAACCAAGCCUUCUGGCCAGAGCAACGCUAUCUCAGUCCUCGAGACCGAUCUUGAAGUCGACUUUGCGCCUCCGGUGGGCUACGAGGAGCCGCAACGUCCCAGUGGAACCAGUACGCCUCGCAGCGGAGUGAGCGGCAAGUUGCCGUCCGGUGGCUUGCUACAUCCCCAUGGCACCAUGGCACAGUCAAUCAAUUAUGCUGCCAUCGCACCCGAGUCAACCGACGCCGCUGCCGGAGCAAGGGCUGUGUCGUCAAACUUCCUUGUCGGUGGACAGCGUUUGAACGCUAAGAAAGGUAGUAAAACCCCCACUCCCAAACCAUCUACUCCCACACCCGGUGCUACCAACCCUCAGCAUCCUCCUCCGGUCAGGAGAACCAACGGGCCGCAGCCGCUUCGACUGCCCCCGAAUCAGCUUUUCUUUGGAUACGCAAUCAAGCCUGUGAAGAAGCGCGAUGAGACCGGGCAGGUUGUUGAAGGAGACAAGCCCCGAUUCCAAGGAUCCGGGCAAACGUUGAGAGGAAAGAAGAAGGACGCCAGUGGCUCUGCUACGCCUACCUAGUCGAGAACAGCGAGCAAUUCGAAACGGUGCAACGCAGGUCCGGCAAUGUCUUACGGGCGCAUUGAGACCCAAGCCCUUGUACAAGCCCUAGGUUCGGUACAUUCCUGGGGUUGAAUGACAAACUCAUGAGUGAUAGACUGAGACACGGGACAAAAGCAGGACGAAAUUAGAGCAUAGCGAGGACUGGCGUUUGAUAGGUUUAGCUUUAGGUACCAAUUCUGAUCGGGAGGUUUUCCUCGUGUUAUUCG